AUGGGUCAGGACGACCACACAUGCUUUGCGACGAUUUUCGACGCCGACGUGGCGGUUAUCCCACUGAUAUCGAGGACCUCGAUCCGGCACGCCGACCCGCAGACAGUGAAGGAGUGGCACCGCGACGAGGCGAUCCGCGUGCUGAAGUUUUUCCGGACCGCUGUUCUGGCCGAGCUGCGGCGCGAGGGUAGGAAAUGGGAGUGGGCGAAGCCGUCCGAAGACGAGGUGCAGGAGAGGCUCGCCGACUGCGACGAACCCCUUCGAGAUAAAAUUCCCGAUACCGUCCGGGACUCGGACGCGGGCUCCGGCCUGCUAGCAAUGAGCGCGUUGAUCUGGGUUGUGAGGCGGUUCCAGCGCCUGACCGGCGACCUCCGUCGCAUUGCCACCAGCAUGGACAAGCCCACCGUCUCGGGGUUGAAGGCGCUGCGGAACGAGAUGGUAGCCCUCAUCAAGAAGCAAGUCCCGCUCAUACGGUCGGGGAAAACCGUUGUUGCUGCCGACGCCUGUGACGACGACGGCGAGGAAGUCCAUUCUGCAUCCGUACCAGUAGGGGUCGCCCCGAACGUCGCUGAUGCGCGUGGCAAGUCGGGAGUCGGCGUCGACGAGGCCGAUGCGGCCGCAGGAAAGGGGGUGACCGGGACCGAGGUUGUUCACGGGGAUGAUGAUGGGGUCCAGGAUCGCGAGGAGGAACGUGAGGGUGAGGGGGGCUCGGAGGAGUCGUCGGGGUCGAUGUCGGGGUCGAGUUCGGGGUCGGGAUCGGGCUCGGAGUCGGAGUCGGAGGAGGAGCAGGAGCAGGAGACGCAGGAGCACGAGAGGCAGCACCAGGAGGAGCAGUUGGUAGAGGUGGAGGACGUGGAAAUGGCGGAGGGGUACGUUGUCGGAGGAGCGGAGGGGUACGUUGUCGGAGGAGCGGAGGAAACGGGUGGGAGAUCGGCGGAUGUCGAGAACGACGAAGGGGAGGGGAAGGGUGCGACAGCGAAUAUUGGCGAGGUCGGCGUGGAGGCGGCUCACGGAGGUGGUGGCAUGGUCGAGGUCGGUGAAGGGGAUAACGCCGCGGUCCCGGAGCAGAGGGGCGUGGAUGUGCAUACCGAUGCCACCGCGGAGAAGGCCGGCGGGGAGCGGUCUAGGAGGAAGAAGGCGGCGAGCGGUCAUCCCGGUUCCACCGCGGCUGGGCGGCAGGCGCGGCUGGACGUCGUCGAUCAGCUGAGGGCGGAGAACAGGCGAUUGCGUGCAGACAAUGCACUCCUUGAACGGCGGCUCGGUGAGCAGACGGGGCGGGUCGACAGCUUGGCGGCGGCAUUAGCUGGGCUCCUCGAGAAGGUGAAGGGUUUGACCGCCCAGGUCGCCGACACCGACCGGAAAUCGGAGGAGCGCCUCAAAGAGGCCACGUCGACCAUGGCGACCACAAUCACCGAGGGCCUCACCGACAACAUGGACAGCGCCAUUCAAUCGGCCAAGUCCUUCGCCGAGCUAGCGAGGCAGACGCUGCUGGAUCUUGACGACCCCAAGGGACGAGCGGCGGUCGCACGCGCGACCGCGGUGAAGACAGUGACCGAGCACGUGACGGCGGAGGUGGGCGAGGCGAGGAAGGGGUUGGAGGAGUCGUUCAUCAAAUACAUCGGCGCCGCGCAGACCAACAUUGCCGCCGCCGUCGCGCCCCGCCUAGUCCAGCCGCCGCCGCCUACCGGCCCAGCGCAGGCCUUGCCGGAAGAUUUCCUGAAGUCUUUCAAGGAGGACGUGCUGAAGGCGGUGACGGAGACCACGCAGCAGUCCUUCCUCGCCUCCGGACUGAAGAUAAUGGCCGAGGUCGUCGGCACGGUGGCGUAUGCUCGGCGUGGGUCGUCGCCGUCGGCAAACGACGCCGGCCAAGCGCAACCUACGGAGGGCUUGAAGCUGGGUCACAAGAGGCGGGGAGGCGGCGGGGGGGGCGACGGGGACAAUUCGGCGAACACGAAGCGGAGCAAGGGAGGCGGGGGUGUCAGAACAUAUCUAUAG